GGAGCAGCUCCUGAUCCAUCAGCCUGAGGACCCCAUCCCUUUCAUGAUCGAUCACCUGCAUCGGAACAACGACAACGGAAGAGGAGGGACCGGAGACCACCUUGCCUUUGCACCUUCCGGGAGAGGAAGAAGCCUGGAAUCUGUUUAGCCCAGCCUUCACGUUCUGGAGGAGUGUAGGAGCCACCAGUGACCGGGGACCUCGAGCCCGCUGCUGCUUGGUGGGCAUGGGGUGGACAGCAAGACACGGCGACAGGCCAGAGACCGACGUAGAGGGAGAGAAGACCCCAGACGCCCCCUCGGCGAGUGUGCACAGGAGAGCAGAGGGAGCCCUUCGCCGCCAGGGAAGCUGAUUUAGUACAAAUGCCGAAGAUUGUAAUAUUAGGUCCACCUGCCUCGGGGAAAACAACUAUAGCAAUGUGGCUUUGCAAGCAUCUCAACAGCAACCUCCUGACCAAGGAGAACUUGAUAGCAAGAGAAUUUUCCCAGGUGCCUGAGGAAGCCAAGUGGAAUCACCAGGGACUCAAGACAGUUCCCAACUCGCUGCUCGUCAAACUGAUUCAGGACCGUCUGCAUGAGAAGGACUGCAGCAGGCGGGGCUGGAUCCUGGACGGCAUCCCCGAGACUCGGGAGCAGGCGCUGAUGAUCCAGACCCUGGGGAUCGCCCCCAGGCACGUCAUCGUGCUGAGUGCUCCAGACACGGUCCUGAUCGAGAGAAACAUGGGGAAGAGAAUCGACCCUCAGACCGGAGAGAUUUAUCACACCACCUUUGACUGGCCCCCUGAAAUGGAAAUCCAGAACCGUCUGAUGGUGCCAGAGGGCAUCUCGGAGCUGGAGACAGCUCGGAAACUGCUGGAGUACCACAGGAACAUCGUCAGGAUCCUCCCCGCCUACCCCAAGAUCCUCAAAGUCAUCAGUGCUGACCAGCCAUGCGUGGACGUCUUCUACCAGGCUCUGACCUACGUCCAAACCAACCACCGAUCGAACGCCCCGUUCACCCCGAGGGUGCUGCUGUGCGGGCCUGUGGGCAGCGGCAAAAGUCUGCAGGCCGCCCUCCUGGCUCAGAAAUACGGCCUUGUCAAUGUCUGCUGUGGGCAACUGCUGAAAGAGACUGUGGCGAACGAGUCAAAAUUCAGCGAGCUCAUCCGGCCCUUCUUUGAAAAGGAGGUGGCAGUCCCUGACAACAUCGUCAUGAAGGUGCUGACCCAGCGGCUCAGCCAGCAGGACUGCAUUCAGAAAGGGUGGGUGCUGCACAGCUUCCCGCGGGACCUGGACCAGGCGCACUUACUGAAGAGCCUGGGCUUCCACCCCAACAGGGUGUUCUUCCUGAACGUGCCGUUCGACUCCAUCAUUGAGCGGCUGACCCUGAGAAGAACGGAUCCCGUCACUGGAGAGAGGUACCAUCUCAUGUACAAGCCCCCUCCGACUGUGGAGAUCCAGGCCCGUCUCCUGCAGCACCCGAAGGACAGUGAAGAGCAGGUCAGGCUCAGGAUGGACCUGUUCUACAGGAACUCCGCCGAGCUGGAGCAGUUCUACGAGCGGUCCGUCACCCUCAACGGGGACCAGGACCCGUACACCGUCUUCGAAUACAUCGAGAGUGGGAUCAUUAAUCCCCUGCCCAAGAAGAUCCUCUGAUGGGCUCAGAGCAAAGAGCACCCCCAGGAGCACCCCUAAGGGAACCCCUACCCCCAGCUGCUGGGAGCCUCCAGCC